GAUUCUACUCCCUCACUCAGCUCCUUUUUCUCAAAGGUUGACGAGGGUUCAAUCAAUGUCCAUAGCUCGAAAACAAGGGUCAUAAUCAUACCGGCGUGCACAAUGCUGGGCAAACUCGCCACUGCAGCAGUGUCGUUGCUUGUCCUCUUGGCGGAAGGUUGCGAAGAUCAUGACUGGACCUCACCUCUCCUGGGCGGCUAUGUCAAUCACGCCUUGAUGAGCAGACAUGAUCGAACGAGAACGAUCGAAAAGCGAAUCCAGCCUGGCGCUCUGCCGACGCUGCCUCAGCAGAUCAAAGACAUUCAUUGGGGCCAGGUCAACUUCUUGUCGACGACGGACACGCAUGGCUGGCUCGCUGGACACUUGCUUGACGAGAACUACAGUGCCGACUAUGGCGAUUUCGCAGAUUUUGUCAAGAAGAUGAAGGUGAAAGCGGACGUUCUCGGCGUCGAUCUGCUCUUGAUUGACAGCGGUGACUUGCACGAUGGGACAGGUUUUGGGGAUGCAACGACACCCAACGGCAAAUUCACCCUCCCCAUCUUCAAGCAACUCCCCUAUGACCUGCUCUCAAUAGGAAAUCACGAGUUGUACACCACUCAAAUUGCCAACGACACGUACCGAAAUUUCGCACCAAACUGGGGUGGAAGAUAUGUUACGAGUAACGUGGACAUCUACGAUGACGGCGUGCGGAAACCGUUCUCGAAUCGUUAUGCUUACUGGCAGACGAAGUUUGGAGUUCGAAUCAUGUCAUUUGCUUUUAUCUUCAAUUUCACUGGCAACUCCAACGCCACCAUCGUCACGCCCGUCGGCACUGCCGUGCAACAGGCCUGGUUCAAAGAGCAAGCGAGCCGGACGGACAUUGAUAUGUUCGUGAUCAGUGGCCACAUCACGCUUCGCAAGUCCACAGAGUGGGAUCUAAUCUACUCUGCAAUUCGUCAGUACCAUCCCACGACACCAAUCCAGAUAUUUGCAGGUCAUCGCCACAUCCGAGAUGCCGUUGCUUGGGACGCCACGGCCUUUGGCACUGCUGCUGGACGAUAUUGUGAGACUGUGGGGUGGUCCACCAUCGAUGGGCUCCCUUCGAACGUCACAAGAGCAAAGUCUCCUCAAGGAAGUGGAACAAUCAAGGUCACCAAAGCUUCACCCAUUCCGCAGCUGAACUUCACGCAAUCCACAUCAUCCAACCUGACAUAUACUCGUCAAUACUUGGACUUCAACAGACCUACCUUCGAGAAGCACGUCGCCUCUCUCAAGCAAGGCUUCAACACCUCAUACGGCCAAGGCAUCUCCCGUCAAAUCACCUUGAACUUCAGCACACUUCCGCAGCUGACAAACUUGCUUGGGUGUGCCCCGGACUCAUACUACCAAACUCGCUUCCCACCCGAAUCCCCCAACAAUCUCUACACCUGGCUCACAACCACCGUCUUCCCCGCCGUCGUAUACGCCCCCGACCGCAACAACACUCCUCGCAUCAUCCUGACCAACACCGGCGGUUUCCGCUACGACAUUCUCCAAGGACCUUUCACUCUCGACAACGCCUACCAAGCCAAUCCCUACCAAAACGUUUGGCAAUACAUGACCGCCCCUUGGGGCGUCGCCAAAAACAUUCUCGCUAAUAUGCAAAUGGACAAAGUCUACAAACGCGAAGCAGAAGCAAACAACGACGACCAAAACAUCUACGACCCUUCCACCGGCCUCUGGGAAACCCCGGGCUAUUACACUUCGGACGACUUUGGCGAAGAUGGCGAUAAUACUUUACAUUUUGAUCAAGAAACAUAUCCCGCGGGCCACUACGUCGCGGCGAAUGUUUCCACGGAAGAAAUUACGAGUGAUGAUGUGUUGGUGGAUGUCUAUGUUACGAGCUUUUUUGCGGAUGCGGCGGGCAAGUAUUUAAGUGGGAAUUUGACAGACUGGAGAAAUGUGACGAUGAGGAAUGAUAGUAGUAUAGGGACAGGGAGUAGUAUGGCAGGAGGGGGAGGAGGGGGAGAAGAGGAGGUGGUUUUUACGAGUUUUGAUACAGUGCCGACUUUUGCGAGGUUGUUUUGGGAGAGGGAUUGUUGAGAUGGAGAUGGAGGUGUGGAUGUGAAGGGUGUAUAG